AUAUAUUAAUAAAGGAAAUAAUAUAAAAUUAAAUUAAUAAUAAUAAUAUUAUUAUUAAAGACACCGUCUAGACUCAUUUACUAUUCUAAGAACGCCAGUUAUUAAAGCGAAAUGUAUAUUUUCAAUAAAUGUUAUUUUUGAACAUAAUAUAUUAUUAUAUUAUGAAAUUGUACUGUGGUUUAUUUUGUGAUCAAUUGCGAUUGUUACCGUGAGCAGCUUGUGUCACUCGUAUCACUUUAUUAAAUAUUAUAGUUUACUUUCACUGUGAUCGGUUUGAAUAUCGUGUGAAUUUAUUAUUCUUUGAAAAAAAGUGUCUUUUGUAUAAAAAAAAUAUGGAAAUUAACAUAGACACAUUAAUCAAUGAAGUUGAAAAAAGGCCUGCCAUAUGGGAUAUGUCAAGCCAUGAUUACUCAAACCGAACACUGAAGAGAAGAUGUUGGGAAGAGUUGGUGCUUAUUUUUUGUAGCACAGAGGAUUCGGAAGAGAAGAAAAAAAGUUUAGGAUUAGAAUUACAAAAAAGAUGGAAAGGUCUUCGGGAUGGCUAUGUAAAAGAAGUUAAAAAAAUGAAACAAAUAAAGUCUGGAUCGGGAGCGUCUGCGAGGUCGUCAUAUUUAUACUAUGGAAGAUUACAAUUUCUACAGCCUACUAUAAAAAAAAAUUUGACUGAGAGUAAUUUUGAGACUGCAGAAGUUGGUGAUGAUGAAGACGUAGAAUCAGCCACUGAAAAUUUUAUUGAAGAAGACAGUCCCAGUGCUUCAAACAAGGAAGGUAUUUUCAAAACUCUUCCUAACCACCAACGAAAAAAAAUAAAACUUCAUCCUGCUGAUGAACACUUCGCAAAUAUAAUCGAAAAAAGUUUAAAUCAAAGGAAUGUCGCAGAUAAAAAAGAAGACGAUGAAGAUAAAUUGUUUUGUUUGUCUUUAGUUAAGGAAAUUAAAAAAGUACCCGAAACCAUGCGUUUAAAAACUAAAAUUGAAAUUUAUAACCUAAUUCUUAAAAAUCAGUCAGUUUCAACUCAAUCUCACCCUCUAAAUACUACAAAUAUCUCUCAAUCUAACCAUUUAGCUACAGCAUACAGUCAACAAUAUACACCACGAUUUACAUAUUCACAAUACGAUCAUCCAAAUUACACAACUGCAGUUCCGUAUGGUACGCCUCAUCAAAUGUACACUCAAAUGAACCAAAAUAAUAUAGUACCAUCACCUGCCAGUGACAUUUCUCAAGAGUCGUCAGAUCUUGAUAUAUUUGGAUGAAAAUAUAAUUUAAAAAAUAUAUAAAGUGGUUCUAUUUAUAUAAGUACUUCUUUUUAAUUUUGUUAAACGUUAAAGGUUGAUUUUUUUAUUUUGUUUUAAAUUUUAACAUUAAAAUGUUUUUUCUUUCA